AUGUCUUGUGCUGUUCGUGAGUGCUAUGCUUCAUUUCAAAACAUUAUUAAGAUUUUGGUUCAGGGUGGUCGCGAAAAAGAGGUUAUAGAAUAUAUAUUGACUGAGGUUGACAAACAUAUAGAAGAAGGCAAGCUAUUAACUGAAUACAAUAUGGGUGGUCUUCCUAGCCUCUAUGACCACUUCGUCAAGCUUAUCAAGUUCUUGACAGACAGGGAUCAGGUUGUGAUUCUUUUCCAAGACAUGCCGGAGGUUGUGACAAGAGACAUAAUGAUGGAAGAUCAUAUAAAUAGCUUGGUAGAUUCUAUCCAUGGUGGAUCAGGACAUGAGGGGAUGGUCCCCCUUGAAUAUCAAUUAUUCGCAUCUGCUGGAGCAAUAAAUUUUUCGGUUCAAGAAACAGAAGUUUGGAAAAAGAAGAUCAAACGGCUCGAUCUAUUGCUUGCAGUGAAGGAGGCUGCAAUGGACGUACCAUCAAACCUAGAAGCUCGAAGGCGCAUUUCAUUUUUCUCAAAUUCAUUGUUUAUGGACAUGCCUUCAGCACCUAAAGUCCGCAAUAUGCUUUCCUUCUCUGUUUUGACGCCUUACUACACGGAAGAGGUGCUCUUCUCUCUGCGUGAAUUGGAAGUGCAAAAUGAAGAUGGGGUUUCCAUCCCUUUUUACCUGCAGAAAAUUUUUCCUGAUGAAUGGAACAACUUUCUUGAGCGAGUAAAGCACGACAAUGAAGAAGAAUUUAAAGGAUCAGAUGAACUUGAAGAAGACAAACUAGAAAAACUACGCCUUUGGGCAUCAUAUAGAGGCCAAAUAUUGACUAGGACUGUUUUGAGUACUUCUCUGUGCCACUCGUAUAUUGUAUUGAUCAUGAUUUUCAAAAUUUUGAUGAAAACGACGAGAGUUGAUAGGAAGGGUAAACUAUCGGAAAGCACCGGUAAAGAACAACUGACUCAAGAAUUGGGUAUUGUUAGCCACGUACAUACAGAACAAGAAGCUGCGCUGGAGCGGUUUGGGUAG